AAUCAAUACAUCUAGGGGACGGAUACUACGUAUCAGAAAUGGCCUGGGACUUAAUAUCUGUCCAAAAAGACAAUAGUAAAUUUAUUAAAUAUUUGGCAACAAGUAUGUUUAAGGACCACAUACUUGCUAAUUCAUAUUUACAAAAUAAUAAUGAAUUAAUACAAAUUCCUGGCAGGUCGCCAAGAAGAAAAUUAUCUUCUCCAAAAAAGAGAGUAUUGAUUAAUUGUUUCAAAGAUCGCUUAGACAAACUAAACUUCAAUAAUGUGUCUAAAUUAUUAGAAGUAAGGAAAGUGGGGUUUCAUUUGAGCCAACAUAUUAAUACUGUGAGGCGACGAUUGUACCCGGAGACAAUCAAAAAAAGAAGAUUGAAUACUGAUCAUCAAGAGUAAUUGGUGAGAAUGGAG